AUGGCCAUCAACGACCUUACCAUCAACCCAACCCAGGUCAGUUCAUUCAGCCACUCAGCCACAUCCUCCAUUGACACUGUCGCUCGUUUGCAGGGAACUGACGUCUAUGAAGGGGUAGCAAACCCUACUUCCUCUCAACCUCAACCGACCCAAAACGGACAACUUUGUACGUACCAAUCUUCCCCGAUUCCGCAUACACACACGAGCCAAUUUUGCGAACAGGUCACGGACCCGACGAGCGACGAAGCCGGCGCCGGAGCAGGUCCUACAUUCCAAGGCGGCCGAGAUGCUAAACGGGCGCUCAACGCCGGGGCAGGAGUGGUUGAGGCCCGUCCAGGAAUCCUUGAAGGGACCAACAUUCCUCCUUUGAGCAAUGACGAGCCCGAGUUUGGCGCCCCAUCGAACAAGAGUUCGACGGCCCCGGCUGGAACUGCGUCCACGAUAUCGGGAGGAGCCAAGAUCGCGCUCGGCACCGUAACAGGUAACCAGGAAACUCUUGAUCAAGGAAGACAAGAAUACUAUGGUGAAAAGCAUUGA